AUGAUCUAGGAAGUGAAUUCUUUUUUCGAUAUCCAAGAGAAUCAAGGAAAAUCCUCUAAAAUCUGGUAACCUGUCAAUAUGGAAAUAUAUAAUAAUGACAUCAUAGUAUUUUAGGAUGACUGCAACAAAAUCAGUAAAAAAUCGAAACAACCAAAAUCGAUAACAAUAUAAUUAGGGAAUGAGCAUAUUUAUCAUAUUAAAGACUCAAAUAUAACUUAGCUUAAUAUAACGGUAGCUGUCAUGACAACUUACAAACAUGACCAAUUUGGCAAUAUCAUUAGAAUUUCUCGAAAUGGAAAAUUUGUUGAUUUAUAAUUAGAUGAUUAUGCUGUAUUUAAGAAUCUGAUGUCAUCGAGAUGUCUAUAAACAACUUUUCAUGAUGAAUUCGGAGUUACAAAGAUGAUAGGAAAGGGAAGUUUUGCGAAAGUGUAUUUCGCUACAAAGAAAUCCACAGGAGGUAAUUAUGCGGUCAAAGCAUUCAACAAAGAAUUCAUGUAAGAGUAAUUCAAAGGAAGGGAAUCAUUAGAAAAUGAAAUCAAAGUCAUGAGACGUUUAAACUAAGAAAAUCUAGUAAGAUUAUACGAAACUUAUGAAACCCAGAAUUCAAUCUAUUUUGUAUUGGAUAUAUUAAAAGGAGGUGAACUCUUAACUCGAGUCAAGUAAUCACCCUUAAGUGCUCCAAGUUUAUAAAAAUUAAUGUACAAUUUGAUGAAAGCAUUAUGUCAUUUGCAUUCUAAAAAGUGUAUGCAUAGAGAUUUGAAACCUGAAAAUUUAUUAUUAAAAGAAAAAGAUAAUGAUACAGAUAUUGUUAUAGCAGAUUUUGGAUUAGCUAGUUUUUUAAAUGAAGACAUCUUAUUUAAAAGAUGUGGAACUCCAGGAUUUGUAGCUCCUGAAAUAUUAUUAUACAAAGAAGGAGAUCCAUUUUAUGAUGAAAAAUGUGAUGUCUUUAGUGCAGGUGUUAUCUUUUAUGUUCUGCUAACAGGAAGACAACCAUUUUAAGGAACUGAUUUCAAAGGUAUUUUAAGAGCAAAUAAGAAUUGUGAAGUUAAUUAUGAAAUAAAAUAGAUUCAAACUGCACCCCUUUAAUUGGUAGAUUUAUUAAAGAAAAUGCUAUGUCCAGAACCAAAGACAAGAGUAUCUUCAGAAGAAUGUCUAAAACAUCCAUAUUUCAAGGAAAUCUUUAAGGAAUAAGAUCUCAUAGAUGUUUAAGAGAGUCUCAGAGAUUACGAUAAGGACUUUGUCUAUGGAUUAGGCAAAUAAUAAGGUCCACCAAGCUAAGUUGGUUCGAUGUAAUUGUAGUAGAGAUAACCAGCAUUGAAUGGAAGGAUUGACACAAUGGGUUCAUUUUCAAAUGUAUCUAAUAAUGGAUCAGUAACAAGAUUAGAUUAGAAACCACAAUUACAAUAAAGCAAAUUUAGUUAAUUUGGACAUAUAAAUAAGUAAUAGCCUUAAUCAGAUGCAAACUCACCUUAAAUGAAGAAAAAUUUGUAAUCUGAUCUACGUAAGACAGCAUUAAAAAAUUCUUUUUAAUAACAAAUUAAUCAAUUGAGCAAAGAUGAUGAUUGUGUUAACGAUGAGGCUGCUCAUUUGGAAGAUGCAAUAUCUAAAUUGAAUGCUUAAACACCCAAAAUGGGAGGAUUAAAAAAAGCAAGCUCAUAUAAAAUACCAAAAUCAUCAAUGGAAUGA